UUAAGAGAUGGCUUUUUGCUGUUUGUGUGUGUUAUGGAGCACACAUACACACACAUACACACACACACAGUGAAGAGGGGGAGGAUGAGGAGUGAAAACACAUCACUUCAGCAGCAGCAGUGUGUGUCAGGGCUGAGCAGCUGGGGGUGCUGACGGAUGGAGAGCAUGGACUCACAUGUUUGGACAGUGGCUGUAGGCACACAUGGAUGCACCUGUCCACAAACUUGUACAGGUAUGUGCAGUUUAUUCCUGUGUUUCUUCCAUAGUUUCGUUUUUCUCUUGGUCCUCUAAAUCAUCUUCUGCAACGAUGAUCCCGAACUCUCAGAGCUUCUAGUCAAAGUCAAACUGUGAGCUAAAACUUUCUCAACUGGAUCAUAUUCAGAUUUCAGGCUUUGUCACACUCUUUUGUAUCUGUCUGUGCUUCAUUACUGAGUGCCGCUGUGCUCUUUUGUGCUGUUUCAGACCUCCGUUAAUCCUGGCAUGUCCCAGAUGAGAGACUUCAGUAAUGACUGUCAUCACUUUCACUGGUCAGUUUCUGUUCCCUCACCCUUUUUUAUUUAUUCUCCCACUACAUCAGCUGUUAAAAUUUCUCACAUCCUAAAAAUGAAGCUGUAAACAAUCAGUGAACACGUCUCUGCUCAGGUCGGUUUGUAGCUUUCAGGUUUUCUUUCAUGGAAACAUAGAAGAAAUUGGAGUAUGAAUGUUUUUUUUUUUUCCAUAAAUGUCCUUCAUCGAUCAGACUAAAAGGCCAAUGUGGACCCAUGUUGGGCUGGAUGGAGGGUGAAAUCCCGCGCACAGACAGUCUCUAUUGUUGUGAGCUAAUCUCUGGUAUAAGCUGCUCUUUCUUAAUCACAUCAUUUCAGCAGCAGCUGGUGGAGAAACGUUCAGCCACGAAACCUGCAGAUCAACGUGACUCAAACAUCAAAUCAGUUCUCCACCUGUGUACCUGUCAGGGCAACAAAAUGACACGUAUCCUGACACAGUGGUAGUAGUACAAUACAUUGUGAUACUAUAAGCGGGAGAUAUUUGACACUAUUCUUAUGACAUUUUAUGAAAUAUAAUCAGAAAAUGAUAAUGUUUCCUGCUUGAGCUUCAUAAAGACAUUUAUCAAUGAAUAGCUCCAGGUUUCAGUGACUGCUGAGGCUCAUACUGGCCUUUGUUUACAAAAGUGUCAUCAGAGAAUUCUCGAGCACAUACAGUUAUGUUGUGGUUGUUAAUGUCCUGAAAACAUCCAAACUUCCUUCUGUUUUCUAGAGGCUUCGUUUUUAGGGAACAGAAAGUAGCUGAGACUUUACAACCAAAAGAGGACUUAAGGGAACUUUAGAGACAGAGUGAAUCAACAGAGAGGAGAGAGGAGGUGGAGGAAGACUUUUAACCUUCCUUUCACAUUUAAGCUCUUAGACUGACUGUGGAGCUGUUUUCAUUAUGAUUCACUCAAACUAUUUGUUCUCCUUCCAGUCUCUGUGCUGUGCCUGCUGCCUCAGGCGGUGCUGGCACGGUGGGCAUGUGUUCGGGCGUGCCCGGCGUCCUGUUCCUGCACACAGGAGAAGAGCUGCAGCGUGCUGUGCGACCGCUCCGGCCUGGCUGAGCUUCCUAAAGAGUUCCCCUGCGAGGCCUCCGCCAUCAACCUGGACAAGAACCGACUGAAGUUCCUGUCCGAGCGGGCGUUUGGUACCCUGCCAUCCCUCAAGUCUCUGUCUCUGGACCACAACAACAUCUCCUUCAUCACACCUGGAGCAUUCAAGGUCUGUGAGGAAGUUCUUCUGCUGUUUGUUUUGAUUUGAUCUUUUAGAGACAGUAGAAAAAAUUUAACUUAAUCUGGGAUAUAUAAGAGAUGGAUUACACCUGGACCCACUCAGAUGUAAAUACCUGAGAAAUGUUUCUCUGUUAAAGGCUGUGAUCUGGUUUCUAUCACAUGAAAAGAAAGUUAACAUUUCUUACUCUUUCAUGAAUGGAUUUUUUCCAUUUACCUCCAACAAAAUGAAGGAUGGUUUUAUGAAUACAGAGGUCAUCCUUUUGAUUAAUUUUUAUCUUUAUUUGUCUAAAAAAAAAUCCAAAAGAUUUAAAAAAUGGAAAAUUUUGUAAAAUUUUUUUCUUAAUGCCUAAUUAUGAUAUAAACAUCUCAAACAACAAAAAUAACAUACAAGAUCAUCAACAAAUUAAUACAAAUAAGCUCCUUCAUUUAUAUCUGAACAUUAAUUCUGUUUCCAAACAUUAAGAGUUGACCACUGAAUCUCACACAUUGACAUAUCAUUAUAUAAGAAUAAACAUUUUGGGUCUCGAGUCUGACCCCUGUGGGAUGCCAUAGGUACUGUUGAAGCGCUUAGACCUGCGUUGUCCCAAUUGAACAAACUGUUUCUCGUUACUUCUGUAGAUUUUUAGCCAUUCAAAGGCGCUGUAACUGGCAGUUAAUUAUCUUAUUCAAUAAUGUGUCAUGAUCAAUCACGUUAAAGACUCUCUAUAGACAUAAUUAUCUUAUAUCUCCAUUCUGCUUUGAGUAGUACAGUAAAAAUCUAACUAUUAUUGUCUGGUCUGUAAAUAAAAAGCAUCAAAAUUUGCGUGUAAUUCAAGAAAAUUUUAAUGAUUUAAAUCAGAUGUAUUUAAAAUGUCCCUCUGUCUUUCCCACUGACCUCUGAUGUCCAGUGAUGCAGAUGGUUUCGGUGGUAUUUGCCUGGGUUUUAAAAUAUCUGUUGCUGAGACGUCCACAUUCAUUUCAAAAUCACUGAAUGGAUUGUAAAUGUUCCUGAUCAAACACUCAGAUAAUAACAUUUGAGAAAAAAACAACAAAACAGCUUAAAGCAGAAUCAGAGUUCAGGUAAUCCAGAUAAAACACACACACAUAACUGUAACCAUUGUCACGGAAAGUGAUUUUUUUAAAACAGUGGACCGAGAAAAUGAUAUUUGUUCAGCGCUGUUAGAAAAACCAUCAUCCACCUCCAAACCUGAGCAGAUAUAACUGUUUUCAUGGAGAGGCAAACUCAUGUUUAAGUGUUUGAGACCUACGGGAUUAAAUUAAAUAUUAACUGAUCAGAUUAUUUAUUUCUUAGGACUAAAUUUUAGUGUCAGUAUUAAGGUCAGAUUACCCAUGAGGCCAUAGUAACCCCAGUGUCUCUGAUAAAAGCUCUGUUUGUAAAGUUUAUCGUGGUCACCGAAAAUUCUGGAGUAGUUCUGGCGCUGUGGGCAGGUCCUGACUCCUGCUCGAAAAGGAAAUUUCCUGUUGAAAUAAUGUUUCAUCAUCGUGGCUGACACUGGACCAGGAUAAACAAAAAGAAGUACAGGCUUUGUUGAGUUAUUGGUAGAAGAAAAAAAGCGAAAUAGCAAAUUUACUGCAGAGUUUUUAAUAGUUGGGGCUGCUGUGGUCUAGGUAGUCUAGUUAUAGGUUGUCUAACUAACACCUAAACCUCUCUCCUGCAGGGGCUCUCGAACCUACUGGACCUUAAAAUGGCUCACAACGAGUACAUCAGCUACCUUCACACACGGACGUUCACGGGACUAAAGAAGCUGGUGCGUCUGGAUCUAUCGGACUGUAACCUCUUCAACAUCCCAGAUCGGAUCUUCAUCGAGCAGACGGCGCUGAAGGAGCUGCUCUGCUUCCAGAACAACUUCAGGAGGAUCCCCGGAGCCAUCAGGGGCAUGGAGAACCUGACCCACAUCUACCUGGAGAGAAACAAGAUUGAAGCAGUGGCCUACAACUCCCUGCUGGGCUUGGGGAGUCUCAAGUGAGUGAAAUGAAAUUAUGAUUUAUUAACCGUUGAUACUUCUAGGAAUAAUUUGUAAGGUACUCAUGCUGUAUUCAAAGUUCAGGGUGGACAUUACACAAUGCUCCCACUUUAGAUUAUUCAAGGAAGAUUAGCAGGAACAAGCCUAGAGAAACAGAUUGGCAAUGCAUCAACACGAGUUCAGAUCAGGCAGAGAGCAAACAUUUCAAUCUACAUAUGGUCAUCAGCUUUAGGUAGUGACUGAAAGAGUAAAAUAUUUCUGCCGAUGAUGGCUGAGGUUAGUAUCAGAAGCUCAGAGAUCUGUCUAGAGCUGGUUCUUCUUCACAGAGCAAGAAAAGAGUUGAGGUGGGUUAGCACCUUCAGCGUCCUCCCUGUAGACCUAAAAGUAAGACUUGUAGACUUGGAAGGCCUCGGGAUCCGUCAAAAAUAGCUGAAUGUCAGUCGCUUGAAUGAUAACUUCAGUUUUGUAAGAACUGAGCACCAAAUAUUCUGGUAAUACAGGUCUGUUUAUCUUUAAGGUGGGCUUCUAGUUUAGCUUGCUGAUUGAUUUCUUUUGGGUAUAACUGGGUGUCAUCUGCAUAACAGUGAAACAUGAUGGAGCAUUUCUUAUGAUAUCACCUAGUAGUGGUGUCACAGUUUAUUAGUGCAUCAGGCCAUUUGAAGAAGGCUUAUGUCUGACAGAGUACAGGGCGCAUUCAUUGUUACCAGACGCUGUUAUGAUGGCAGCUUCUUCCAAAACUUUUGUUGUUGUCAUCUACCUGAAUCAUAGACUGUAUAUACUAUGGACAACUUGGUUCCGCCUUCUGCCAGUGUACAGAUUUGAAGCCGAAAAGCUCUCUGUAUUUCCGCGUUUUCUCUCCAUUUCCUGAGACCAACAUUGCGCAGUAGCCUUGUAUGCACUCCACCACUUGCGCAGUAGCAUUGUGCGCAUUCGGCGGGAGAGUCGCCAAGGGGCGCUGUGAUGACACUCAGCCCAAACAGUGAAUCCCCUAGGUGAGCUACUCAAUUCUUGUACGCCCAUAGGCUGUAUCAAGUGUCAAUCGUAGGAAACAUGAACCCCCUAAUAACUUUUAAAAAUGGAGCUGCACAGAAAGAAAGAGGACUUGCGCACAAACCAGUCUUACUGUAACUACAUGUCAACAUCGCAACCAGAGGGGGAAAAAUUUAUACGAAACUAAUAUUGAUGUGUCAUACUUUUUUGGUCAUGGUAUGGUGGUAGGAGUGUCUUUGUAGCUCAUCUCUGUGGAUUAGCUGCCAUCACCGAGGACGAUCUGUCAAUGAAGUCCAUAGUUCAGUCUGUAAAUCUCAUCACCCUCUUUUUGUCCUAGGUAUCUGAACCUCCAGGAGAACCGCAUCAACGUGAUCCACGAUCAGGCCUUCCAGGACCUGGUGAGGCUGGAGAACUUCUACCUCAAUGACAACCUGCUCUCUGAUCUGCCCCGGCUGGCCUUUAAGGGUCUCAGCCGCCUCAAGAUGCUCAACCUCGGGGGGAACCAGUUAACCAAUGUGUCCAAGACCUGGUUCAGUGACCUGGUGGAGCUAGAGGUCCUGUACCUGGACAGGAACCAGGUGCUCUACAUUGAGGAGGGCACCUUUGAGAACCUGACGAGCCUGAUCACAUUGCACCUGAACAGCAACAACCUCACCACACUCCCGUUCCCAGUUUUCCAGCCUAUCUACUUCCUGGGUCGUCUCUACCUGUUCAGGAACCCCUGGGAGUGCGACUGCUCCCUGGAGUGGCUGAAGGAGUGGAUGGAGAGCUACAAGCUGGUGCGGGACAUACCCUGUGCCUCGCCAUCCUCCGUGGCGGGGCUGGAUCUCAGUGAGGUAGUCUUUGCCAAAAUUAACGGCACCUGUGUGGACCCCGCAGAGCUGAACCUGACCACGGUGUCUUCGGCGAUCAUCUCCACCACGGAGAACCGCUUCAACAGCCUCAUUUCCAAACUCCUGCAGCAGGAGCUCAAAGAGGAGAUGGGGAACAGCACAGAGAGCGUCCGCAACGGGACUCUGCUGGAACCUGAGGAUGGGCAGCUCUCUGCAGGGGUCAGAGGCCAACAAGACCACAGGAGCCAACCCUUUCUCUGCAUCCUUGUGGUGUGGCUGAUCUUUGGUUUGAUAGACCAAGAGGAUGUUGAUUUCUGUUAUUUUUGGACAUGAGAAAUGUGGGAGGAGUUUGUUUCCUCGACCGAGAGAACGCCACGGAUUAGCUUUUCAAAUUGCCAUUGAGAUGAUAUCAGAGGAUGCUCGUCCUUGUGAGUGUGGUCACUGCCAAAUGUAGGAUUUUCAGAAUGUUUUUUGUGACGUUCAAACUCAGUAUUUUUGGCUCCUCUUACAAGUAGGACUGACGUGACAUGGCUGCUUAUGAAAAAUAAUCUCUUGUUAUUUAUAGGUGAACUUCUUGCAUAAGAGAAACCGCAGCAACAUGUCUGCUGUCCUGACGCAGAGACGACGACAUCGACGCUGUUUGCUGCAGGAUUCAUUGCACAGGCGUUGAUUCAAACUGUGGAUUACUGUGAAAAAAGUGUUUAUGUGAACCUCUACCUUUUGUUGUGUAACACUCAAUUUUAAUUAAUAUUACGUAAUAUUCAUAGCAUUACGUCUAAUGUUUUUUUUUUUUUUGUAUUGUCAUUCACAUUGAUGUAUGAGCUGUAUAAGGAUGAGAGCUCCUGCGGUUGUCUCUUUAACAGAUGUCCUCUCUGCUCUUCAUUCAGCUCUAAAUGUACGUUCUGCAGCUUUUCCAUAAAUGCAUUCAUUAAUCUUCUUAUUGCAUGCAGCCUGUGUGCGCUGCAGCGUAAUGGAGGGACUUUCACAUCGCUUUGCCUCAUAUAUGCAUGUAUGUUUGCCCUCUUAUGGACACGACCUCUGUGCAUACGGGGGUGUGGUGGUGGGUGUGAUUACCAUAUGUCAGGUUGAAGAUGGGGGAGGGGAAGUGUUAAAGUUUUUCUCUUUGGGACGAUAAAUGCUUUCAGGUGAGUAUUAUUGCAUAUAAAUGAGCUUCUUGAUGUUCUUAGUAUUUAAGUUAUUCUACAAAGUUUAUAUGAAUAUUUCAAAGAUGAAAAGUUACAGAUAGACCUCAUUCACAUGCUACUGUGUUUUAUCUGACAGAUUCAGUGGUGACAUACAACAAAAUGCUCUGUUACAUUAUAUAUUUUUUUACACAAUAAUAAAAAAUUCUCCUGCUAAA